GCAACAACGUCACACGGUCACACGCAGCCUAUCGACGAUGGACGACCUUUAAGUGGCUUGAAAAUCUUAUAUGUCGUCGGCUGAUUUUCCUUUUGUUCGUUUGUCUGCGAGAUAUCUUGAUAAAUCCGAAAGUGUUUUUCUUUAAAUCGAGGUUGUGGAAAAGCGGCGGAAUUGAAGAAGAUACUGAUGUAAAAUCGAGAAUAUCGGAGCGAGAGUUCACCAAUGAAAGGCACUUUUAUCAGUUUUUUAAAUCGUCCCACCAGAAAUACCUCUACAUCUGAACCAACUCGAAGAAAUCUGACUGGUUGAACUCGAGUAGUUGGACUCGCAUGCCCGGCGUGUAUCCUUAAAUACAUAUUUUGAACUUCGACCACAAUCAUGAAUCACUGCCUAGAUGAUUGUUUGUGCCUCGCUCAAAAUCUUCUGUUAUGCCCAAGUCCAAGAAAAAGUCUUACCUUACGAAGGUAAGGGAAAUGCGAGAGUACCGACGCCUGAAACUGAUGUCAGAAACAGCAGAGGAACGUGCUCUCAGAUUAUACACAGCCGCAGAAAGGAUGAAGAACUCCAGGGCGAAAGAAACCGAGGAACAAGCAGCAAUCCGAAGAAUGCAGGAAGCUCAACGAAUGGCCAGACACCGGGCCAAGAAGAAGCGCUGCCUUGACGAGAAUCUCGCGAGGGAAAUCUCAAAAAUCGCCGAGCUUUCCAAAAUGCCAGAUGCAGCGACAAUCGCUGAGAUGUCCGAGCUCAACAUGAACAAAAUUUCAGCAGAGCUCAAACAAAUGAUGGAACGAGGAAAAGUCCCAGAGCACAUCGUCCAAAUGGCUCAACUCGCCGAGUUCAGCAAAAUGACCGAGCUCAAAAUGAACCAAGACAUGGCAAAACGCUACGAGAUGGAGAAGAUGGCUGAAUACGCAAAGACCACUGAGUACAUGAAAAUGCAAAUGCAGAUGAACGAAAUCGCCAAGAUGAACGAGAUGGUCAAGUACUCGGAGAUGGCCAAAUAUAAUGAUAUUUCGAAGAUGAACGAGAUCGCCAAGAUGAACGAGAUGAUGAAGAUGUCCCAGAUGGCGAAGAUCAACGAAGUCCAGAGGAUGAAUGAGAUAGCGAAGCUAAACGAAAUGGUCAAGAUGACUGAAAUGGUCAAAUACAAUAACGACAUCACUAAGCUUAAUGAGAUUGCUCAGAUUAACGAAAUGGCCAAGGAAAUUGCCAAGAUUAACGAGAAAACAAAGAUGAACGAGAUGAUCAAGAUGGCUAAUAUGCAGAACGACAUCACAAAAAUGCCCGAGUACUCAAAGAUGGCUGAGAUGGCUAAACUUACGGAACUCGCGAAGCUGAACGAAAUUACGAUAACGAAGUUGAAUGACCCUCCUCCUCCUCCGAAACAAGAAGUGCCCAGAAUUCCAGAACCUGUGAUCACAGUGCCAAACCCGAGGAAUCUGCAGAAUGUGCAGAGCGUUCAGGUUGCGCCUCAAGCCAGCCCAUCGAGUACGAUUAAUUUUCCGUCAGUGCCUGGCCAGGGCAAAUACGCCCAGUUGUUGGUCAUCAUCGAGGAACUCGGUAGGGAUAUUCGCCUUUCGUAUGCAGGAAGUCGCAGCGCUGCUGAGAGACUCAAGAUGGGCAUCCAGCACGCGAGGAUUCUCGUGCGGGAGUGUCUACUUGAAACUGAACACAACGCUCGGCAAUGAUCUAUCUAUAGUGGGUAGAAUUUGAGGAAUUAUUUUUUUAAAUAAGGAUAUUUAGAAUUAUCGGGACGCUACUCGAAAUUUUCAGGGAUUUUUUUACCUUUUAUAUUGGCUGGAUGGCCACUAAUCGGGAAAUUAUUGUAGAAUACAAAGGACAAAUUUGUCUUUUCUAGGAAAGCGCUAAAACAUAUAUGCCUUAAUAUGCUUUUCCUAUAAAUUAACGUUACUACUCGGAUCAUGCAAGUAUAAAUAAAAAUAAAAUAUAUGGUUCUCAAAUCCUCACAGCUGUUACAUUAAUACCUCAUUUUUCUGAAAAUAAUUUGGUAAAAGUAAUUAUUAUGAAUGUAAGUUUAAAAGUAAACUCAUCCAAAUUUAAAAAAUUUCAUUUUUUAAGGCUUGGAACUUAUUUAAACAAACUCGGAAAAGACUGGAUAUUUUUCCCCAAGAUUUCGGUGGCCGUUCUGCAUUUGGGAACUUUUUAAGUUUGUCUUUUUAUUUUUAAGAUUUUGUAGAAUCCAGAGGAAAAAACUAAGUUUCUUUCUCUGUUAAAAAUAAGAUUUUUUGUUUAGUAUCUCCUGAAAGAAAUUAAAUCCUUGGCAGGAAGGCAAAAGUUAUAAUCGAGAAGCGUCCUAAGAUAUUUCCCAAAGGUGCGCCUUACGAUAAAAAGAAAGAUGUGCGCCUUGUAAUCUAACAAUCGUAAUUUACGGAUUUAUUUUGUCGUCGCGCAGCUUACUUUAAACUUAAAGUUUAAAGUAGCCGCUAUUUAUAUAGAAUUUUGGUAAGCGUAGUCUUCGGAUAGAAAUCCUUUCGUAAAGAAUCUUCUAGCCUCUUAGAUCGGAGUCGAGGAAUUCUUUUUAAAUUCUUUUACUAUUGGUGAAUUAUACAUAAUGUUACAAAAUAUUAACUCUGUAAAACUCUACUACAUGCCUCAGUGCGAAAGAGACAUGUUUUGUAUCUAGAUAUUGAUGUUUUGUUGUUGAAGGUAAAUAGUGAUAGGAAAUUUUGUAUUUGAGUUGGAUGAUUCAAAUUCUCGAGAGUCGUGAGAAUUGUGAGUUUUAGAAUUGAAUUAUCGAGUUUAGGUUUCAAAUUUAGUUUGGAAUUUUCGAUGAUGAUAGAAAAAUUUAUUUUAUUUAAUACGAUAGAUAUAUUAUAUUUACAUAUGGUUAUACAAACCGAGAGGAAAUUUGAUAAAAACGAGAAUAAUGUACGCCUAAGGGCUGAGAAUGUAAAGUAUCAUUGAAUAAAAAAUCAAUUUUAUAAGAGA